CCCAUCGGGAUACUCUUCUGCAUGCCCAAGCCGUCAAUGGUGGGUUGUGUCAUGCUGGAUGGGUCUCACUACUGAGGCUGCUUGAUUCAUUCCAUUGCUUCCGCACCAUCCCCGACAAUGCUCGAUUUCAUGGAUUACAUCCAACUCGCCUUCGCCGAGGCGACGAAUUGGAACCGCGACAACUCGUACUCGUCGCUGACGGCCACUGCGCAGUCCCUCCUCGACUUCUCCACCCCCGAACGCCUCCGCGUCCAUCUCUCCUCCCUCUCCACUCCGCACUUCGCAACAAGUUACACCCUCGGCACCGUCGGCCUCAUCGACGGCUCCGUCUCCUACCUCUUCAGCACCGUCCCUCUCGACAGCUUCCCCAGCCGAAGUGCCCUAAUUCCCCUUCGCAAGCUCUCCCCAGGCUACCGCCAAGUACAAGCACCCAUUGCCCCCAUCGCCGAAACAAUCCUCAUCAACGACGACAACAACAACAACCUCAACGAUGCCUCCCCCUCCGCAUACAACUCCAUCGGCAAAAAAGCCACCCUCUUCCACGCAACCCUCCACCUCCCACCCCCGACAACCCUCAAUGCCCUCUUCCUGCGUCGUCUCUCCCCAACCAUGCAGUUGUCCCUAGCAGUCUGCUCAACGCGAGGUCCGCCGCUCUCCAAAUCCGCCCCGCAGGCCUCCCUCCUCGCGCAACUCUCCCAUAACACGGGAAAAUACAACAACGAGUACCUCUUCAGUACGGAUAAUGCCCUCUUCGGCUGGCGCGGAUUAUGGAACUUCGGGCCCGAUCCUAGGGAUCCUGUCACUUCGGGGUCUUCGCCGAGGUUGUCGUUGCUGUCUGCGGGCGCGGAGGCUUACUAUUCGCCUGUUUCGUCGCUGAUUGGCAUGUCCACAGGACUAAGGUUUAGCACGUUGCCUGCGGCUACGGAUGUUCCUUCUUCGUCAGCCCCUUCAACUGGCACUGGUAGUGCUAAUGCCAAUACUCCCAUUUCUACCUUCCCCUACACUCUUACCCUCACCCUGACCCCGUUAACGGGUUCACUAUCAACGACGUACUCACUCCGCGCGUCUCCAAACCUGGCAUUUAGCUCCCGCUUCGGGUUCAAUGUCUAUAGCUGGGAAAGCGAGAUGGUAGCCGGGUGCGAACUCUGGCGGAAGAGUACGCCCCGAUACCGGGAUGAUGGUGAUGGGGUGGAGUGGGCAAAACGGAAGAUUCGCGAGAGCUUGUUUCCUCAUCCGCAUCCGUCUACAGCUACACCUCCUGACGAUCUUAAGGAUCUAGUAGGCCGUGGGUUGGGAAAGGGGAAAGUAGAGGAGGAGGAGAACGAAUCCGUGUUGAAGAUCCGGGUGGAUCAGUCAUGGAAUGUGCGGUUGUUGUGGGAGGGACGGGUCAAGGAGUUGUUGGUUAGUGCUGGGGUGGGGUUGGGACCGAGUUCGUUUUCCUCGUCGUAUGCUUCUGAUGGGAGUGGUGGGGAGUCUGGGGGUUUGAGGAAGUCGUAUUGGAGGGGGGUGGGGGUUUCGGUGUCGUAUUCGUCGUGA